CACGGCGGUGGCGCUCCGCGAACUCGUCGCACGCGUCGGGCGGGGUUGCGGGAUGCCCGCGCCGGACGGAAUAGACCACGCGCACAAGAACAGGUGCAUCCAGGAGGCAUCCGCGGCGGGCGUCAAGGGAGCGGCGUUCGGCAUCGCGAUAUCCGCGCCCCUCGUCUACCUCGCCCAUCGUCUCAGUCCGAGGUUCGCCACGUUCACCACGUCCACCAAGACGGGUCUCGUGGUCACGCCGUUCUUCGGGUUCUUCUUCCUGAACAGCGAGCUGGCCAUGAACGCGUGUGCGCAGAGACGAGCGGAGUUCGCGGCGGCGGCGGCGGCGGAUGGGGAGACGCCCAAGUGAGGUGACGAGAGAAGACUUUGAUUGAUGCGGACCUUGGGCACAACCUGUGACGAGAGUCUUUGCUUGGCGCCCGUGGGACGAUGGACGAGAGGGGCGGCGAGGAUGGGAACACGAGAGGGAGCGGUGGCACGGCGGCGCGACGGAGGAGGCGUUAGGUAGUCUACGAUAGUCGGCGUCGGGGGCGUAGCGCUCGCCCCCGCAGCUUGCAAACAGCAAACAGC